UUUCGCUCGUCUCCCUGACUCCCUCUCUACAAAUACAAACGUCCCACCUAUCUGUCUUAUCUCUUUUGUGCCCCUCUCUAACAUUCUCAAUCAAAACCAAUCAUGAAAGAGAACAGAGCGGUGUUAUCGUUCCGCCAUAUCCCAGGCCUUGAGAUUUCUGGUCUCGUUAAGGAAGCCGACGACCAUGACCUCCUAUGGAGAGCCACGGCGCAGCUCAGGCUUAGCAGUAGUGUUAGUGGUGGCAGCGUUGACAAAUUUGCAUGCGUUUCGAUGGUGGAGAAGAGAUACGCUAACGAAUUCGCGCCGAGUCCGGCUCAGCUCAUGAAGCAUCCGUUGGCUGCACUCGCGUACGUACCGAGUGAGGUCGCCAUCUUCCUCGCGGGAGCCAUUGCUGGAGCCGCCGCGAAGACUGUCACGGCUCCGCUUGACCGCAUCAAGAUUCUUAUGCAGACUCAUGGAGUUAGGGUUGGGCAGGAAAGUGCAAAGAAGGCAAUGGGCUUUGUUGAGGCCAUAACAAUGAUUGGGAAGGAAGAAGGAAUUAAAGGGUACUGGAAAGGCAACAUUCCACAGGUCAUACGGAUCAUACCUUAUAGUGCUGUCCAGCUUUUUGCUUAUGAGACAUACAAGAAACUGUUUACCGGAAAGGAUGGUCAGCUCUCUGUUGUUGGGAGACUUGCAGCAGGUGCUUGUGCCGGUAUGACAUCCACUUUUGUAACAUACCCUUUAGAUGUUCUGAGAUUACGUUUAGCAGUCGAACCGGGUUACCGAACUAUGUCCGAGAUGGCCUUGAACAUGUUAAGAGAGGAAGGUGUAGCGUCAUUUUAUUAUGGUCUUGGACCUUCCCUUAUUGGAAUUGCUCCCUACAUUGCCGUUAACUUUUGCAUUUUUGACUUGGUAAAGAAGUCUUUACCCGAGAAAUAUCGCCAGAAGGCUCAAUCAUCUCUACUGACAGCUGUAGUGUCAGCUGCUUUUGCUACACUGACAUGUUAUCCUCUGGACACUGUUAGAAGACAAAUGCAAAUGAAGGGCACACCUUACAAGAGUGUUCUUGAUGCCAUUCCUGGUAUUGUGGAACGUGAUGGAUUUAUUGGCUUGUACCGGGGUUUUUUGCCUAACGCAUUAAAAAACCUACCAAACAGCAGCAUUAGGCUUACUACCUUUGACAUUGUUAAGCGUCUAAUUGCUACGAGUGAAAAGGAGUUUCAGAAAAUUGUGGAAGAAAAUCGUGACAAACAAAAGUAGAGCACAACAAUUGUUUCUGCAAACAAAUGUAAUUCAUAUGCUUUCAGUGAACUAUAUUAGGUCCAGUCAGGCUGCCAUUCUUUGGGGAACUGAGUUCAUGAGGGAUUAUUUUUUGCCAGAAGCACAACAUGUGUAGUCGCCCGGUAACAUCCUUGAAUUGUGCCAUCCCAGGACAAGCUGUAGAGUGUCAUUUGGUUUUUAUAAUAUUCCCCAUUUGUUGUACCUAUGAAACGAUCCAUAUUGAACAACUAUUGAAUUUGGCUUGUUAAUUAUAUUGUUGCAAUAAUGAUAUGCCUUGCCUUAA